AUGUCCACAAAGUUGGGUUGGUGCGCCGAGCACAUGCUGGUGGAGGCGUCGCCUGCGGCGGUGGUGCCGAGCCACUCUGCCCCGCCUUCGCCACAGGCCUCGAAUCCCAAGGCGGAGCCUUCUGAGCUCGGGAUGCCAGAGAAGCCGAAUUUCUUGGGUGACUCCCAUGAGAUGGGGAAGAAGCUCGUCGAGGGCCUCUUGCAGGAUGAUACUACGACCAUCAUGCUCCGCAACAUCCCCAAUCGAUACACCUACGAGGCUCUCCUGGCGGAGAUCCUUGCAGCGGGGUUCGAGCACAUGCCCUUUGAUUUCUUCUACCUUCCCAGGGAUUUCAACACCAGGAUGAACCGUGGAUAUGCCUUCAUCAACUUCCACUCCCCUGAGGCGGCUAAGGAAUUCGCCCUGGCCUUUCAUGAUCGUCAGCUCAGCCGCUACCCUACGAAGAAGGUGUUGGAGGUGGCUCCUGCGGCGACGCAGGGCUAUGAAGCGAACAUGUCCAAGUACUUCAAGAAGGGUUCCAAGCACGUCAGGAACGACUGGUUCAAGCCCAUGCUCUUCCCGAAGCCUGGCGAUUAG